AUGAUUCCAGGUGGACUAAAGCCAUCUCAACCAGCUGAUGCUGCUGCCGUAACAGCUCUCAAUGCGGUUCGACACGACCCAAAGUUAGCUCAUAUUCCAGGAAACCUUGAAGCAAUUACAUAUACAACUCAAGUUGUUGCAGGUACCAACUUCUUUAUUAAGGCACGUACCCCAAAUGGUUAUAUUCAUCUUCGAAUCCAUAGAGCUUUGAACGGUAUGGACUAUUCUCUCCACUCUAUUCAAGAAGGAAAGACUCUAGACGAUAAAAUUACCUACUUUUCUUAA